AUGUGUCGCUUAUUCCUCGAGGAAAACGAACCUGUCAUCGCCAAGUAUAGAGGUGCUUGGUAUGAAGCCAGGAUUGUUAUGGUUGAGAGACAAGCUAUAUGUAAAAUUUAUUUUAAAACUGACCCACGGAAAACAGAAUUCACUGUACACUUGAAUCACCUCCUAGUGGCUGAAUCAGCAACACAUCAGCUACGACUUUUUAUCAGGAUUCAGCAAAAUGAUCCUGAGGAAAUCGAACUCAUUGGUUUCAGAGACGUCAGUACUUAUACUGUUGAAUUCCCUGAUGGGAUCACAGAAAGACUAACACGGAAACAUGUACGCCCGCUUCAUACUUCUAACCGUUCAGAUAACAAUUCAACAGCUGCCACCGAUUCUGACGAAGAGAACGAACAAGAAGAAGAAGAAGAAACCACCGUCUAA